AUGGCGAUGGAGGAUGGCCAGAGCCUGGGCCCGCGCAUUUGUGAGGGGGAUUGCGCCGUCCUGAAGCGGGACGACGUCUUCAAAGCGGUGCCUGUGCUACGGCGGAGAAAAAUUAUUUUUGAGAAGCAGUGGUUCUAUCUGGAUAAUGCCAUUGGACAUAUUUAUGGAACUACAUUUGAAGUAACCAGUGGUGGAAACCUCCAGCCAAAGAAAGAGGUGGAAGAGACUACCACAGAAACAAAAGAAGCAGGUACAGAUAAUCGUAACAUAGUUGACGAUGGAAAGUCUCAAAAACUGACUCAUGAUGACAUAAAGGCUUUGAAGGACAAGGGUAUUAAAGGACAGGAAAUAGUUCAGCAGUUAAUAGAGAACAGUACAACAUUCAGAGACAAAACAGAAUUUGCUCAAGAUAAAUACAUAAAGAAGAAGAAAAAAAAAUACGAGGCAGUUAUUACAAUUGUGAAACCAUCCACUCGCAUUCUUUCAACAAUGUAUUAUGCAAGGGAACCUGGAAAAAUUAACCACUUGCGAUAUGACACCCUAGCUCAGAUGUUGACUUUAGGAAACAUCCGUGCUGGCAACAAGAUGAUUGUAAUGGAAACGUGUGCAGGCCUUGUGCUGGGUGCAGUGAUGGAGCGAAUGGGAGGCUAUGGAUCCAUUAUUCAGAUGUAUCCAGGAGGGGGACCUGUUAGAGCUGCUACCAGUUGUUUUGGAUUUCCAAAACUUUUUUUCGAUAAUCUUCAUGAAUUUCCUCUCAGCAAAGUGGAUAGUCUCCUCUCUGGGACAUUUUCUACAGAGACUCUGCCUUCAGAACCUGAAGAUAACGCGCUAGUAGAAGAAGAAAGCAAUGGAUUGACUGAUGAGAAGCAGACUUCCCUACAGGAAACAGAAGAGGAAUCUACUACUGAAGCAGCUAUGGAGAUCAACCAAACAGAAGAGCAAGAAACAAUGGACGUUAAUGCUGAAGAUGUAGAAUUUAAAGAGAACAAAGAAAAAGAAAAUGUUCGGGAAAAGCAAAGGAAACAAUGGGAGAGAAGGAAAAAGCUAAUAGAAACUGCUGCUUUGUUGAGAGAGAAGAAUGCUGAUGGCUUAAUUGUAGCCAGCAAGUUUCAUCCCACUCCUUUAUUACUUUCUUUAUUGGAAUUUGUUGCUCCUUCAAGGCCUUUUGUUGUCUACUGCCAGUAUAAAGAGCCAUUAUUAGAAUGUUACACAAAGCUGAGGGAAAGAGGCGGUGUUAUUAACCUAAAGCUGUCUGAAACCUGGCUACGAAACUACCAGGUCUUACCAGAUCGAAGCCAUCCAAAACUGACAAUGAGCGGAGGUGGAGGGUACCUUCUAUCUGGUAUAACUGUUGUCUUGGAUAAGGGCAAAUCUGAUUCCAGUAAUGUAGAAGCACUGAAGAUGGAAGAGCCAUCAUCUAAAAGAUGCAAAGUUCAAGACCUUCAUUGUUAACAUUUGAAGAAUUGAUUUGGUUUUCAGAUCUCAGGAGUCUUACAGUUAGUAACAUAACAAGUAUACUUUUUGUGCUCUUGACAGCACAGAAAUUGUACCUGUCAUAGAUCUGUCAGCAAAAAGCAUCAGAAAUGCGUGGUAGGGAGGAUUGUCUCGCUCUUUACCAGUUUACAUAGUCAGAAUGAGAAGAAAAACCCUUGGAAGCAAACAUCACACUGAAAACACAGUGUGAAACACAGUGUGAAAACUUUUCUUCAAAAAGAAGAGAAGAUCAAGAGAGGAUAAAGCAUCAGUGAAGGCAUUCUGUUUGUUUGUUGCCAAAAGUGGAUAUGAUGAAGUAGUUUUUUAAAAGGUUGAGUCCAAAUCAACACAUCUAACUUAGCUUCCCAUUCUCCCAGAACAGCAUCAGGGUAAAACAUUCUACGUAGUGAUCUGCUCCCCCUUUGGACACAGAACCUGGCUGCAUUCAGUGGUUUAAGGAAGUAGAAUGAGCAGCUAAAAUCAUACACUUUUCUUUCUAAAGGAACAAUAAAAAGAGAAUACUAAUACCAGAACUUUACAGCAUGACCCCAUGUUUUCCUGAAAUAAAUACAGAAGAGAAAUUUCAUAAAUUAAAAUACCCAAUAUUUAAAGUGUCUCUGUUAGUAUUGCCUGUCAUUUUCCUGAGAGUUGUUAUAUGUUUUUAUUUUAAGAGACAACUAUUUUGAAAACCACUAUAUGUAUAUAUAUUUAUUCUGCUGUUUUAUCUUUCAUGAUGUGUAGCUUUUUUUAUUAUUUUUUUUUUAACUUUGCAUUUGCCAUUUCAAUUAAACUGCAGGAUGUUUUUCCUAA